CUCAGUGUUACCGUUUGGUCGAUACUUGAUCUUGGCUUUCGUAAUACUCAAACCUCUAUUAUUUCCCUUCAAACUAAAUCUAAUCCCCAGAUUUCUUGACCAUCCUCUUCCUUCCGCUGCGGCCAGAGUUGGGGAAAGAGGGGAAAGAAAGACAGUAGGCAAAGGGAGUUUGGGCAGACGCUGAGAAAUCCGAUAUGCAUCUAUGGCCUUCAAUCAAGCUGAGAGACUCGUUCAGCAUCGACUAUAUCCGGCGGCUGGACUGGAACCUCCACCGGAUGAAAAUCGACAAGAAAAACAAGCAGCGUCUCCUGGACGAUGGCGGUGACCAGGAGAAUGGCGCCACUGGAGAGGAAGGAGUAGAAGAAGGGUCCAGUUCAAAGAAUGGGUUCGCCGAAAGAGCUGCUUUCGUAUGCAGAGAGAUCUUCCUGGUCCUCUCAUGCUGCUACUGCUGCUUCUGUUGUGGAGCUUGUGUGGAUUGAGACGUAGUCCUGAAGUUGCACAAGGGAUUGAGCCAUCCACCUCCUAAGACAAAGUCAGAUUCCUAAUACUAGUAGUCCAUGUCCCGUGAGCACAAAUGAAGUUGAUUACAUGUUUUUUAGGCUUAGUUUCAACGACCGUUCUUUCGUAUGCUGGGAACAUGAAGGCAUAGUUUCCGCCAUUGCUGAAAUGACCUCAGGGGGUUGAUAGGUAGCUUUGCAGACUAGCUACAUUGAUGUUUGUUAGUUUGAGAUAGUGUUAUUGUAAUAGCAUUUUGUAUAUGCACACAAGUGGUGCAUUUGAAAAUUAUGGGAAAUAAAUCUUCUGUGGAAAGCACUCUACUGGUGAAUGUAUGCAGACUCGUUGCAGUUACUUUAGAUAUUGAAUCAGGACAUUGUGUCAGUUAGCCUGAAAAUGAGAUCAGUGCAUAACUCCAUUUGACUAACUAUGUUGUAUAACACCUUUAGUGAGAUUACAGAGACAAAAUGAGUAUCAGUUAGCCUGCAAAAAUCCAUGGUGUAGCUCCAAAAAUGGGUGUCCAGUUGCUCCUAAAGAACAAAAUGUAGACUGGUUGGAGGUGGUGAUUACAGAAACAAACGCUAGCUCUUGGCGCAGAGGUAGGCCGGCAGCAAGUUAAGUGGUAGAAUCUCGUUCGGCUUUUGCCUCCUUGGAAUGCAAGAAAUCUAAUAUAUCUUUCAUUCUCUGCUCUAUUGAUUUACAGGAUAACAAAAAUGACAGCCAGAGCAUUUCUUGUUGUGGCGGGAAGAUAGACGACCACUGCAAAGAAUUGAAACUCCACCGAGAUAAAUAGUCCAUAGCCCUGCCGACUCCCGACGCUCAUCUCACCUCACAGAAGAAGUCUCGACAAUGGCGGAGGCAACCGCCGCUGUUCAGCACCCGAUUUCCGACUCCAACGAACAGAGUCCCUUCGGGAAAUUCACCCCAUCGGAAUUCUACGCCAAGCACGGCGUCUCCCACCAGGCAGAGCACCGAACCAACUCCCGCGGCUUCAACCUAUUCACCCAGUGGUGGUCCCCGCUCGCUCCCGCCGACAAAAUCGUCGGCUGCAUCGCCAUGGUCCACGGCUUCAUCGGCGAGUCCAGCUGGCUCCUCGAGCUCACCUCCAUCCUCUUCGCCAAGCACGGCUUCCUCGUCUGCGCAAUCGACCACCAGGGCCACGGCUACUCCGACUCCCUCGACGGCCUCAUCCACCACAUGCCGGACAUCAACCCCGUCGUCGACGACUGCAUCGACUUCUUCACCGACUUCCGCGCGUCCCACGCGCCAGGCCUCCCUGCCUUCCUCUACUCGGAGUCACUGGGCGGUGCCAUCGCCCUGUUGGUGACGCUCAAGCAGCAGAAGGGCGCGUGGGACGGGCUGAUCCUGAACGACGCCAUGUGUGGGCUCACUCCUAAGUUCAAUCCCUCCUGGCCUCUGGAGGGCCUGCUCUCCGCCGUCGCGGCCGUGAUCCCGACGUGGCGCGUCGUCCCCACGGGAGCGACGUCCCCGGACGUCUCGUACAAGGUGGAGUGGAAGCGGAAGCUGGCGAUGGCGAGCCCGCGGCGGAGCGUGGCGAGGCCACGCGCGGCCACCGCGCUGGAGCUUCUCAGGGUGUGCAAGGACCUGCAGGGGAGGUUCGAGGAAGUGGAUCUGCCGCUGCUGAUCUCGCACGGCGGCGACGACCUGGUGUGCGACCCGGCGUGCGUGGAAGAGCUCCACCGUCGCGCCUCCAGCAAGGAUAAGACGUUGAAGAUAUACCCGGGGUUGUGGCACCAGAUGGUAGGGGAAGAGGAGGAGCAAGUCAAUCUAGUGUUCGGAGAUAUGAUCGCCUGGCUGAAAGCCAGAGUGGAACGCAGCAAGGGGAAUUGAGUUGUCAGUACUCGCCGGCAGCAUCGAGGGAACAUCCCGGCGGCGAUGGAGGUGAAGGGGAUCGGCGAUUUAGUCUGUCUGAAUGAAUAAGCCGUGGGUACAUAAAUUGUGGUUGGAGAUUGCUUGAAUCUGCCUGAUUUAGUGUCCAGCUUCACUGUUGAAUGAUGUAGUUGUAAGCACCUAUUCGAUAUCUGUAGUGUAUGUGUGUAAACUUGGACGAAAUAAACAACGUGCUUAAGCCUAUCCAAUCGAUGUAGUAAUCCGAUACGUAAAGUAGUCAAAUGAAUUAGAUUGACGAAGGAAUUUGGAUCCGGUCUUCAGUCCUCACUGAUGGAGUCUCAGGAUGCCGUUUAUGAAUGCAAAUUGGAAGGUG